AUGCUUCAGAGGCAGUUCGUCUGUUGGCACCUGCUGGCUUUGCUUUUCCUCCCAUUUUGCCUGGGUCAAGAUGAAUACAUGGAGGUGAGCAGAAGAGCUAAUAACGUGGUGGCGCGAAUAGUGCAGAGCCACCAGCAGACUGGCCUUAGCAGCUCCAGGAGAGAGCAGAGCCAUCCUAAAACUGGGACUGUGGAUAAUAACACGUCUACAGACCUAAAACCCCUGAGACCACAUGAGCUACCGCACCCCGAGGUAGAUGACUUAGCCCAGAUCACCCCGUUCUGGGGCCAGCCCCCACAAACUGGAGGGAUGGCCCCAGAUUGCAGCAAGUGUUGUCACGGAGACUAUGGCUUCCGUGGGUACCAAGGCCCCCCUGGGCCUCCCGGACCUCCAGGUAUUCCAGGUAACCAUGGAAACAAUGGAAAUAAUGGAGCCACUGGCCAUGAAGGAGCCAAAGGUGAGAAAGGAGACAAAGGUGACCUGGGACCUCGAGGUGAGCGGGGACAACAUGGCCCCAAAGGAGAGAAGGGUUACCCUGGAAUUCCACCAGAACUGCAGAUUGCAUUCAUGGCUUCUCUAGCAACCCACUUCAGCAAUCAGAACAGUGGGAUUAUCUUCAGCAGUGUGGAGACCAACAUCGGAAACUUUUUUGAUGUCAUGACUGGUAGAUUUGGGGCCCCUGUGUCAGGUGUGUAUUUCUUCACCUUCAGCAUGAUGAAGCACGAGGAUGUGGAGGAGGUAUAUGUGUACCUUAUGCACAACGGUAAUACAGUCUUCAGCAUGUACAGCUAUGAAACAAAGGGGAAAUCAGAUACAUCCAGCAAUCAUGCAGUACUGAAGCUGGCCAAAGGGGAUGAGGUUUGGCUGCGAAUGGGCAAUGGUGCCCUCCAUGGGGACCACCAACGAUUUUCCACCUUUGCAGGCUUCCUGCUCUUUGAAACUAAAUAAACAGAUGAAGAGCAGAGCUCCAUGUUGGGGAAGACUUGUAGCUGAGCUGGAAUUGUUGUGAUCUGAGGAAUGUUG